UCCGCCACAAUAAUACAACAAGAGUAAACUAGCUCAGCUCUCUCUCCCCCACUCCCUCCGCCCCAACGCGCCUGGCACUCUCGGUAUGGCGGACGGCGAGAGGUCCCCGCUCCUGUCGGAUCUGGGAGAUGCUGCUCUCGGCAGCGGCAACGGCGGUCUGUCCCCCGGCGCGGCGCCCUACGGUGUGGCCGGCAAGGCGCAGAGCUUCCCGCCGUUUCCCAGCCCCACUCAGCCCUCUGUGCUCUUUGGGGAAGACCCGCCGCCGUAUUCCCCUCUGACCUCACCGGAGAGCGGCAGCGCCCCCGUCAUUAGCUGUAGGGUGUGCCAGAGUCUGAUCUCGGUGGAGGGGAAAAUCCACCAGCAUGUGGUCAAGUGUGGCGUCUGCAAUGAAGCCACGCCCAUUAAGAACGCUCCGGCAGGGAAGAAAUAUGUCCGCUGUCCCUGCAACUGUCUGCUCAUCUGCAAAGUCACCUCCCAGAGGAUUGCCUGUCCUCGGCCAUACUGUAAGCGGAUAAUCAACCUGGGUCCUGUUCAUCCCGGACCGGCCAGUCCAGACCCCCAGCCAGCCGGGGCCCGGGUCUCGUGUGGACACUGCAGCAACACUUUCUUGUGGACCGAGUUCACAGACCGCACACUGGCCCGUUGCCCACAUUGCAGGAAAGUUUCCUCCAUUGGUCAGAGAUACCCCAGAAGGCGGAGCUUGUGGUGUUUUCUUCUCUGCUUGCUGUUCAGCAUUUCUACUGCUGGUCUGAUUGCCGGUACGUGGCUCCAGGUGCAGACCUACCCGGGUAUCUACGCCUCAUGGGCCAUUCUGCUGCUCCUAGUGGUGGUGACGCUGGCACGGGCCUUCUACUGGGCCUGCAUGCGAGUCAGCCAGCCUCUCCAGAGCUUCACAUAGACACGCCCCCAAUCGUUCCCAACCCCUUUCCUCCAAAUCUGAAGCGCCCUCUUCUUCACUGUCGAGGCUGGAGGAUAAAUGGCUUUAAAAACAACGGUCAGAUCAAGAUAACACACAUUUAUUUCAGCAGAGUCCUUCAUUUUAGUCACAUGCUCUUACAACUGGCGACUUCCUCUAUUGACUUAGCUGUUUAUUUAUUAUAAUCCUGUGGCCCCGCCCUCUUACACCUUGUACACCAGGGCUUAAAGUGACCUCUGUUACCGUCCCCCCCCCAAACAUCUGCAUCAUUUCAUCGCGUAGAAGCAUUUAACAUUUCUAAACCAGCAAGGAAGCAAAUUGAUGUUAGCGACCAGAAGGACGUCGUCUCCCCCGUGAAUCACAAGGAUGAAGGAAACGUUUGAAAUGAGAAGUUUUGAAGCAUGUGAAUUUUUCUCCCCCGGGGAUCAGCUUUGAUAUCAGGCGGCCUGAACGCCUUAAAAGCAACGGUAAUGGAAGGAAUUUAGCAUCCGUGUGCACGCUGUAAACAAAAAUACGUCUUUGAAGCAUCCGCACUACCGCUUUAAUUCCAGUUAUCUCAGCAGCUCUAUUGUUUGACAUUAUUAUCAUCAUAUCUCUCAAUAAGGGGUGUCCAAAAUUUUGGAUGGGGGGGGCUUUUUAUUCUUCACAUUUGUGUUUAUUAAACACUCUAAAAGCAAUCCAAUGUAGGUCACAAUAUGCUAAGCAGUUCAAUAUAGUUGACUACAUACAUAAUAUGCAAAUAUACAACAUUUUGUCAUAUUAGUUUUUCAUCCAUCCAAUUUUAAAUGCCGCUUAUCUUCACUAAGGUCACGGAUAUGCUGGAGCCUAUCCCAGCUGACUUUGGGCAAGAGGCGGGGUACACCCUGGACUGGUGGCCAGCCAAUGGCAGGGCACAUAUAGACAAACAACCAUUCACACUCACAUUCAUACCUAUGGAAAAUUACAGUCGGCAAUUAACCUAACAUGAAUAUUUUAAUGUCUUAUUAGUUUUUUCUCAACUAAAAUUUUCAUGAAUUAAUGUCCUUAUCAAAAUAAUAUAUAAAUACUGUACGGGCCAUGUGAUUCUUGUUUAGUUUAGUUUUUUGGACAAAUUCAAAUAUAAUGGUAUAGACAAUAAUGGAAAAUUGAUUACAUUUUGCAAAAAUACAAUUCCCGAAUAAUGUGAUUGCUGCUUUUUUUAGUUUAAUUUUUAAUUUUGCUUAAAUGACCAAAUCAUUUACAUAGCAAACAACUUUUUUGCACAACUUUUGGAUUGUUACUUUUCAGUGUGGCCCUAAUCAUCCUAAUGCAUCCUUGAUGCGUGUCAUAUUUCAUGUUAAAAAAAUAAUAAUAAAAUUCCACAGAUCAACCAAAACAAGCUGCGAAACGCAAAUGGCCCCCGGGUUGGAGUGUGGACACCACUGCUGCAAGCACAUAUAAAGCAAAAACACUCACGUUUUUAAUGCGUUUUGGAUUUACCGUCAUAUUAUCACUUUGCUUUGCGAAGCAUAGAAGAAAACGAAAUCCCUCCUUUCUGUGAAUGUACCACUAGGCCCCGCCCACAAAGGGGAAGGCGAUGUUUAAAGCUGUAGAUGCCGUGCUUCCCUAUUAGUUGCUUGUGUCGAGUAGGAGGAGUUUUCAUUUACGGAAAAAGGACCGUUUUUUUAGGCUACCGGUAACUUUCCGCUUUGGCUGACUUUAGUGUCGUGAAGGAUAUAUCGCCAUGGUAACCAAGAGAAAAAUAGCAGAAGAGCCUUUGGACCUCAGUGUGCUUAAUGAAAUAAUUGCUGCUUCAUGUUCAACUGGAUUCUGUUAAGACCGCCUCCUCCAACGACAUCCUGGAUUGUUUCACUUUGGCGAUGCGAACCGCCAUUAUUGCGGGCAUUUUUGUGUGUAAAUAAUCGUUUUUUUUUUGUUGGCGUGACGGGAAGUGAUUAAGACAAUUAUGUUGCACUCGGAGCGAGGAGGUUAAAAAAACACUAAAGUGGUGAUCGUUUUUACUUCUGUUACAUAUUUAAUGAUUUAUUGAGUUACUAACCUGAUGAGCCUGAACACACACACACACACACACACACACACACACACACACACACACACACACACACAGCACCUUGCACUGCAGUGUCAGACUGCAUUCACCAGACCAGGUGAUGCUACGACUCGGCCGAGGUCUCACAUUAUUUAUUGUUGCGCUUUGGAGAGAAGUCAAAUUUGAAGGCUACAUUGUUAUCAUGCUAGCAAAAGGCCUUAUUUUACUGUUUUCAACCAUAGAUUAUCAUGUUUUUUUAUUUUACGAAAUCAGUGCAGUUAUCUCGAUGGUGUUUUAAUAAACGAGUCAAUUGUGUAUCCGUGGCGAUGGUGUUUUAUGAAUGAUGUUCAUGAAUCGAGAGGCCGCCUGACGCUCUUCUCAGAGUGUGUUUACACGCAAAUAAAGACGUGACCACGUGGAAAACA